UCUCUCGCUCUCUUUGCCUUGCUGUAAGUAGGUGUUUCCCUACUGUGGGUGAUUGGCGCGAGUCUAUAUAGGAGGGGAGACGCUCUGACAAGCUUAGAGUCUAGCGUCACACGCUCCUCACAGGACUACCUGUUUUUGUCAGCGAUUUUUUUUCUUCCUGAGAGGAUUUACACUUUCAACUGACAGCAUGUCGGAGGGCAGGAAGAAGGAGAAGAAAGGGAAAAAGAGUGGGGGGAAAAGGGCACGGAAAGAGGAGAGAGAGCGCAAAGAGAAAGAGGAGAGCGAAUUGGAUCCAACAACAGCUAUUGCCCCAAAGUUAAAGCGAACGAGGAACCCACUGAUGGUGGACGAGGGAAGCAGGCUCAUGGUCAAAUGUGAGGCUACAGGGAACCCCAGCCCUACCUACAAAUGGUUCAAAGAUGGCAGUGAGCUCAAGAAAAGCAGAGAGGUCAAAAUAAAGUCCAGCCAGAAGAACUCCAGGGUCCAGAUCAGCAGAGCCAAGCUGGAGGAUUCUGGGAAUUACACGUGUGUGGCAGAGAACCUUCUGGGGAACUCCAACUCCACCAGCACUGUUCAUGUCCAAAGCAUAACCACCACACUAUCGCCAGGCUCGGGCCACGCCAGAAGAUGCAACGACACCGAGAAGGAUUACUGCGUGAACGGCGGCGACUGUUACUUUAUACAUGGUAUCAAUCAGCUCUCCUGCAAAUGUCCGGAUGGAUACUUCGGCCCGCGGUGCUUGCAGACUGAGCCGUUACGAUUGCGCAUGCCCAAUCCUUACAAAAAGGCGGAGGAGCUCUAUCAGAAAAGAGUCCUGACAAUCACGGGUAUCUGCGUGGCUCUGUUGGUGGUGGGAAUCGUGUGUGUAGUGGCCUACUGCAAAACCAAGAAACAGAGGAAGAAGAUGCACAAUCACCUGCGGCAGAACAUGUGUGCAGAUCACCCCAACCGGAACCUAGCGAAUGGACCCAAUCACCCAGGACCUGGCCCUGAGGAGAUACCCAUGGUAGAUUACAUCUCAAAGAAUGUUCCCGCAACGGAGCGUGUCAUACGGCACGGAACAGUGGCCUCCUUCCCCGGCAGCCACGCGUCUUCCAGAUCUCACAACUCCUAUACCCAUGCCCGUUCAUCCACUCACAGACACGAGGAGCGGACGUGGAGCCUGGAGCGGACUGACAGUGUCCUCUCGGACUCGCCGGGCAUGAUGUCGUCCUCCGUGGGGACCAGUAAAUGCAACAGUCCUGCGUGCAUGGAGGCCCGGGCCAGGCGUGCCGCACACUGUGGCUUUACUGUGCCCCACCGGCCGGGAUUGCAGUACGGGGACUCGUUCGACUCGCUGGGGGACUCUCCACACAGCGACAGGUAUGUGUCGGCCCUGACGACGCCGGCCCGCCUCUCUCCAGUGGACUUCCAUUACUCGCUGCCCCCGCAGGUGCCUAUCUUCCAGAUCACCUCCCCCAACACCAGCCAGGCCAUGUCCCUGCCGCCAGCCGCCCACACCCCCUACCCCCUGGAGGACGACCAGCCUCUGCUGCGGCGCUACCAGGUGCCCCUGCACGACAUCCAGCGCCAGGAGCCCUACCGGCAGCAGCGCCGCACCUACCUGAACGACAGCACGGGCAGCCUGCCCUCCAGCCCCUACCGGCUGGCUGAGGAAGAAGACUACGAGACCACGCAGGAGUACCUGUCCUCCCGAGAGCAACCAAAGAGAAGUGGGCCUGGCAGCGGUGGUGGUGGGGGUCGGCGCUUGCGGAGGUCCAGGCUGAACGGCCACGUAGCGCCGCGAGGAUACGAGGCAUCACGGGACUACGGCUCUCGCAGCUGCCUGACGGACAGCGAGUCGGAGGAGGAAGAGGGCGAGAACACGCCCUUCCUCAGUAUGCAGAAUAUGAACGCAGAGCCCUCCACCAUCUACAGGCCAGCCGACAGUCGGACUUCUCAGUCGCACUCUACGGGGCGGCACGGUGCACGCGGGAACGUACAGACCAGACAGACGCACUCGCGGUCCAAACCGGACAAUGCACCCCACUAAAGAAAGAAGUCGACCUACCAACAAAAAAUCUAUAUACUAUAAACCUGCACCUAUAAGAAAUAUUUUUAUUUUAUAUAACUGACAGAUAUUCUAAACAAAUGAAAUAUUUAUUUUCAUUUUAGCAAAAGUUGUCUACUAGUUAACAGCAAAGACUUUUUUAUAGGGAAAACUCUAUUUAUAUGUACAUUUUGAUUUACAGCAUCAAAACACGUGCCAAUUUUUUCACUACUUAAAAAAUUGAGUAAUAUUGUGGUGCCUUUUGCUGUAUGCCGAUGCCAGAGGGCCAGUGGAGGUUUUUGCUGUGUGCCGAUGCCAGAGGGCCAGUGGAGGUUUUUGCUGUGUGCCGAUGCCAGAGGGCCAGUGGAGGUUUUUGCUGUGUGCCGAUGCCAGAGGGCCAGUGGAGGUUUUUGCUGUGUGCCGAUGCCAGAGGGCCAGUGGAGGUUUUUGCUGUGUGCCGAUGCCAGAGGGCCAGUGGAGGUUUUUGCUGUGUGCCGAUGCCAGAGGGCCAGUGGAGGUUUUUGCUGUGUGCCGAUGCCAGAGGGCCAGUGGAGGUUUUUGCUGUGUGCCGAUGCCAGAGGGCCAGUGGAGGUUUUUGCUGUGUGCCGAUGCCAGAGGGCCAGUGGAGGUUUUUGCUGUGUGCCGAUGCCAGAGGGCCAGUGGAGGUUUUUGCUGUGUGCCGAUGCCAGAGGGCCAGUGGAGGUUUUUGCUGUGUGCCGAUGCCAGAGGGCCAGUGGAGGUUUUUGUAGCCUUUUCUUAUAUGGACAUCAUUUUUUUUAUACACGUUUUCUCUUUUGGCUUUUCUUUUUCUUUCUUGGAGUCCAGCCCCAUUUGAACAUUACUCCUCCCCUUCCACAUCAUGCAAUAUAAACCACUUAAUCAUAAGGUGUAUGUUUACAUUAAUAUAAUUUGCCUAUAGGGUUUAUCAUUUUUGGCAUCCAAUGGAAAAUCUGAUAAAUGCAACGCAGGUCCUUUUUGCUCUCUGAGUGAAGGAGUGUGUGUGGGCGUGUGUGUGUUGUACCAACUCAUUGCUCUAUUGGGCACCAAAGCAAGCUGAAUCAGUCAAGGAAAGCUGCUGAUGCACAGUGAGGCCCAACCUGGGUUCCAGGGUUGUGCUGCUGUUGGGUAGAGAGUUCUGUUGGGUAGAGAGUUCUGUUGGGUAGAGAGUUCUGUUGGGUAGAGAGUUCUGCAUGUUGUUGCUUGAUGUGUGUUUACAGCUGCCUCACCUAACCUGCCCCACCCCACCCCGGCCAUCCUUGUCCCAACAGGGUAAGGUUUUACGUCAUGGCACCCCCUUGCCCCAACAGGGUAAAGUUUGUCUAAUGGCCCCCUCCUUGUCCCAACAGGGUAAGGCUUGUCUAAUGGCCCCCUCCUUGUCCCAACAGGGUAAGGUUUGUCUAAUGGCCCCCUCCUUGUCCCAACAGGGUAAGGUUUGUCUAAUGGCCCCCUCCUUGUCCCAACAGGGUAAGGCUUGUCUAAUGGCCCCCUCCUUGUCCCAACAGGGUAAGGCUUGUCUAAUGGCCCCUCCUUGUCCCAACAGGGUAAGGCUUGUCUAAUGGCCCCUCCUUGUCCCAACAGGGUAAGGCUUGUCUAAUGGCCCCCUCCUUGUCCCAACAGGGUAUGGCUUGUCUAAUGGCCCCUCCUUGUCCCAACAGGGUAAGCCUCCAACAUCCUGGCCUAUCUGUGAUUAAGAAGAAGAAAUGCCACUUGUCAGUGUACAGUAGCAGUUAGUCUGCCAUCAGUGAUAGUGGCUCAAUACAAAGAGACUUUCUCCCAUGACCCCCAUGCCGCCUCCUCCUCUUCCUCACCUGUCCAUUGUGUCCCUGUGGCCAGAGUAAAGGGCCGCACAGCGUCUCAGGACUUCCACCCACCCCUCUGCCCCCCCCCCUCCACCAUCAGACCUACCUAAGACUAAGGUCCCCCCAAGGACAUUAAGGUCACACCCAACUUGCUAUUCCUCUGAGCACUCCCAUCUAGAGAAAAGUAAAGCAGAGUGUUGAACAGAACAGAACACACUACACCAAUACAAGAUAAAUAGCUGUGAAACUUUGGAGGGUCAUAAAAUGCCAAAAUAUGCAAACUUUCCAUUUUGCUCUGUUUGAUGACAUCAUUUUCGAAGAGGUGACUGUAGUGUGUUGUGUGAAACCUAUGUAAUGCCUGUAGUGUAGAAGAAGAAACAUGAUAUGAAUACAUAUUUACAUCAUUAUUAUAUUUCAUGCAGUUAUGCAGCCAUUGCUCAAAUUGUCAAUUUUCCUCAUUCACAGAUUCAUGUUCAUAGAUUUUUUUGGGGGGGGGGUUCAUGAAUUAUCUCACUGUGUCGAGACCAAGCAGACAACACGCAAGUCUACAGGAAUGACUAACCACUUUAAAGGGUUUCAUACACUAACGUUGAGUGCUGCUCAGUUUUGUGGAUAAGGAUAGUGAUUUGUUGCCUGUUAUGAAGUAUGUCACUAAAAGUUAACAAAUUGUUUGUUCAAACUUCUCUGUCCUCCACUCCCAAAAAUAUUGCAGGAGCUUGUUUUGGCUAUGCAUUUGAAUUGUGGUGACAGAAAACAGUUGAUAAUCUUGCAGAACUGGUCAUAUACAUUUUGAAAUACAACCAAAAAACUCAAAUGACUGUACCAGGACAAAUCAUCAGGUUAAUCUAGAUGACAACCAAACUGACAAGUAGGAUUUGAAACCGAACGUGUAACUGCGGUAUGAUGAAGGCAGAGUGACAUAGACACAUAGACAAUGGUUUUCUGUCUCAUCUCCCCUAUGGAUUUUCUCUCCUUCCGUUUUUUCAGUCUGGGUCUAAUUUUGUGUUUGAAAAAUGCAAAAGUAGACAGUGCUUCCUUAGUUAGUUGAAAUGUGAUAUUACCCCCCAUUUUGCCCCUCUCCUCACUCGAUAGAAGUGCUGCCAGAUUCGUCCUGUUUUUAUUUUUCUUCCCUCCCCGCUUGAAAUGUUUGAACACCUCUCCUCUGCAUGUGCUUGUGGUCAAGGUUAGAUGCGUGCAUGGUAACAAAGCAGCAGACAUUUAUUUUUUUUGGUCAGUGAAAGUGUAUUUCAUUUCACAUUCAGCAAUAAAAAAAAAGACCCCCCCCCCCCCAUGUCCAUUCUUGGAAUAUGCUAGAAAAAAUGUGAGAUUGUCAUAGAUUGUUAAAUAAAAUGGAGAAAAAAAAUAUCCACCUGUUCAUAUGAUAAAA